AUGACCAUGAGAUCCGCAGUGUUCAAGGCGGCCGCGGCCCCUGCCGGCGGCAACCCUGAGCAGCGACUGGACUACGAGCGGGCUGCGGCGCUGGGCGGGCCCGAGGACGAGCCCGGGGCGGCCGAAGCCCACUUCCUCCCUCGGCACCGUAAGCUCAAGGAGCCGGGGCCCCCGCUGGCCUCCUCCCAGGGCGGGAGCCCCGCGCCCUCCCCUGCCGGCUGCGGCGGCAAGGGCCGGGGCUUGUUACUCCCGGCCGGGGCGGCCCCCGGGCAGCAGGAAGAGAGCUGGGGCGGCUCGGUGCCCUUGCCCUGCCCGCCCCCGGCCACCAAACAAGCCGGCAUUGGGGGGGAGCCAGCGGCAGCCGGAGCCGGCUGCAGUCCCCGACCCAAGUAUCAGGCGGUGCUGCCCAUUCAGACGGGCUCUCUCGUGGCGGCGGCCAAAGAGCCUACGCCCUGGGCUGGGGACAAGGGUGGGGCGGCUCCCCCAGCUGCCACCGCCUCGGACCCGGCGGGACCCCCACCACUACCUCUGCCCGGGCCGCCACCCCUCGCGCCCACCGCCACCGCCGGGACCCUGGCGGCCAGCGAGGGCCGAUGGAAGAGUAUGAGGAAGAGCCCUCUCGGGGGUGGCGGCGGCUCGGGAGCCUCCAGUCAGGCCGCCUGCCUCAAACAGAUCCUUCUGCUGCAAUUGGACCUCAUCGAACAGCAGCAGCAGCAGCUGCAGGCCAAGGAAAAGGAGAUCGAGGAGCUGAAGUCAGAGAGAGACACGCUCCUUGCUCGGAUUGAACGGAUGGAAAGGCGGAUGCAGCUGGUAAAGAAGGAUAACGAGAAAGAAAGGCACAAGCUGUUUCAGGGCUAUGAAACUGAAGAGAGAGAGGAAACGGAGCUAACUGAGAAAAUUAAACUGGAGUGCCAGCCUGAGCUUUCCGAGACAUCCCAGACUCUGCCUCCCAAGCCUUUCUCUUGUGGGCGAAGUGGAAAGGGACACAAAAGGAAAUCCCCAUUUGGAAGUACAGAAAGAAAGAUUCCUGUUAAAAAGCUGGCUCCUGAAUUUUCAAAAGUCAAAACAAAAACUCCUAAGCACUCUCCCAUUAAAGAGGAACCCUGUGGUUCCUUAUCUGAAACUGUUUGUAAACGUGAAUUGAGGAGCCAAGAAACUCCAGAAAAGCCCCGGUCUUCAGUGGACACCCCACCAAGACUCUCCACUCCCCAGAAGGGACCCAGCACCCAUCCCAAGGAGAAAGCCUUCUCAAGUGAGAUAGAAGAUUUGCCGUACCUUUCCACCACAGAAAUGUAUUUGUGUCGUUGGCACCAGCCUCCCCCAUCACCGUUACCAUUACGGGAAUCCUCUCCAAAGAAGGAGGAGACUGUAGCAAGGUGUCUGAUGCCAUCAAGUGUUGCAGGAGAAACUUCAGUCUUGGCUGUUCCUUCUUGGAGGGACCACUCAGUAGAGCCUCUAAGGGACCCAAAUCCUUCAGACCUUUUGGAGAACCUGGAUGACAGUGUGUUUUCAAAGCGGCAUGCAAAACUGGAGCUGGAUGAGAAGAGAAGGAAAAGAUGGGAUAUUCAGAGGAUCAGGGAACAAAGAAUUUUACAGCGACUGCAGCUCAGAAUGUAUAAAAAGAAAGGAAUUCAGGAAUCUGAGCCUGAGGUUACCUCAUUUUUCCCUGAGCCAGAUGAUGUUGAAAGUUUGAUGAUUACUCCCUUCUUGCCUGUUGUAGCAUUUGGACGACCAUUACCAAAAUUAACUCCACAGAAUUUUGAACUGCCCUGGUUGGAUGAGCGUAGCCGAUGCAGGUUGGAGAUCCAGAAGAAACAAACACCUCACCGGACGUGUAGGAAAUAGCUGUGCUGGCAGGAACCUUCUGUCUUCAGAUAGUUGUAGCAUGCCACUCCCAGAGAGUGGCAGAGACCUGUAUAUGUGACCUGUGUCCUCAUGUAUGUUAUCAUUCGCUGAUAGUGCCCUUCCAUACUCCCUUGAUCUUGGUUCUGUUUUCAUCACUCUGAUUUCACAAAGACUCUUUCAUUGGGCUAAUUGUGAAUUAUGGAGGGUGAUUGGGAUUUCCUUUCCCUUUUGGGGGAAAUGAGCUCUCAAGCUAAAUCUAUAGGAUGGCAGAUUUGGAAGCUUCAGGGGUCUGCUUCUAUACAUUUGCCUGUGUUAAAGGGGUAAAAGGGCUCUCUUCAUUAGAUGUGUGGAAGAUGAAGCAACCCCUGCCUUUAGAGCUGUGCCUGCAUGGCACUCUUCUCACGGUGGUAUACCCUUCCUUAUAGUUUGCAUAGAGUGGUUUUUACCCUAAAAGAAAACAAAAAAGCCUCACCAUGAGCUUAAGGACCAGAUGAGGAAUAACAAGUCAAGUGAUGAAGCAAGUCAUCUUCACAGGGUAGAAAAGAGAUUGGAGAGUUGGUAGAUAAAUGUCUGAAAAGACAGUUGUUCUCUUAAAACUAUUCUGUGAUAUAGCCAUGUGGGAAGGGAUGUUUGGCUGUGAUUAUUUUCGUAGUUAAUGGGUAACUGAAUUUCUUCCCUCAUCCCUCAAAAAAUAAAAUAUUUGGAAAAGAGAAUGGGGAUGGUUAGUUUUGGACAAGUUAUGGCUCCUAAACAAAAGCAGUUGGUAUUUGGGGAUGGCAUGCCAGAACCUGUAUAGAUGUCCUUGCAUCACUUCACUUCUCAAGUAUUCCUUAGUUGGGCUUUAUCCUUUUAGCUGAGCUCUUGGUGGUGGGAUAGAGAUGUAGGGAGGGUGGGGGGUGUAUGUGGAAAUAUGUGCUUCCUUUGGCUGGCAAAUGUCUACAUCUUGAAACAAACAGAUGUACCUAAUGAGCUUCUCCAUUCACUUUGUAAAGGUAGAUUUAUAUGUGUACCAUCUUGGUUCCCCCCCCCCUCCAUUUUGUUAAAAAUUUUCAGGACAGCACUCCAGGCCACUUUGGUCUCAGUGUAAGAUCCCUGUAACUAUCUGGAAGGAAAAUAGAGCCAAGACCUCUGGUCUUAAAUAUAUAGGAAUUGCCUUUCUUUAGUCUUCAGGACUAUUGUGUGAAAACAAGUAGGGGUCUAAUCUCCUAGAAGGUAGGGGCUGUUAUCCUUGAAGAGACUAUGUCCCCAGAUUAUUAGCACUUUUAGAGGAGAAGCCAAGGUAUGUAGGGUGUGUGGCCGGCCCAUCAGUGGAGCAUGAGAGAAUGGGAUACCAUUGUGGGAAAAAAUGAAAAGUUCCUCAGGGGCCUCCCACUGCUAAAGCUUUUUUUGUGAGAUGUUGAUCUGUGCUCCCUGGGUUUGACUUAUAAAGGAAUUAUUCCGGCAGCACAUAUAGUAUUCUUGGAUGAUCUUGCUGCUCUUAUUUCUCCUUUUAUGUGUGUGUGUGGCUAUGGGUUUUCAUUUGUAACUCCAUCUACUUAGGAGAGUGGGCUCUCCACAAGGGAACCUGCUGUGAACUUCUUUGCAGCAAGAAUGUAGAGAGAAAUAGGACUUAUUCCACUAGGGGCUCUCAUCUCACACCUUAAGGAGAGAAAGGAGAGUUCUAGAAAAACUGGGCCAGAUUUUCUUUGUUCUCCAUCAUUUUAAUAUGGCAACCUGUUCAGCUUUCCUACUCUGACCUAUGUUAUACUCCUUGUAAUGUGCCCAAGAAGAAAAAAAGACCAAUCAGUGUCUCUUUACUUUAUUCCUUCAUUCCUCUCAGUUUCUUCUUGACUUCCAGUAUUUGACAGAUUCUUAAUUUGGAUAUGGGUUAGCAAAUUUAACCUUUGUGUUUGUGACCUACCCAGGGGACUACCCAGAUUCUGAACUUGAGCUAGACUAAGAGGAAUUCAUGAGGUGCUAUCUGGCCAGACUUAAGUGGAUUCUGUUUCCUUGGUUCUCCCUCUACCUAGGACCUUUUAUUUUAUUGUCCCCUCUUCUAGAUCAAUUCUCCUUUGAUUUGGAUAUGUUGAGGUUUGUUGAGAGGAGGUUGGAGAGUAGAUUAGCAAAGUUCCAAGAGCAAAAUUACAGUGUGUUAGAGUGUGGGGGGAAAAUUAGUCUUAUUUUUUCCCUACAUGGGAUACAACACUGUGAAAUUCAAUCUUCAACUGAAGGCCCUGAAAUUCUCCUAAAACAUAGUUCUUUGUUUCUUUCUUUAACAAAGUUUAAGCUAGUGUUAAUAAAUUAAAAAGAGAAAUUGCUUGUCUGUCCACUUCAGCUUUGUUUUAUGCCCAUUUCAUAUUGUUGUCUGUGUUGUAAUUCAUACUUUUGAUACCAUUUCUGAUGUGUAAAAUUGGUUGUCUUGUAAAUAUCUUAUAAAGAGUUCAAUUGUAAAUAAACUAUUGUGGCUGUUAAUUUUUGAA